CUCUCUCUCUACCUCUCCCUCUCUCUCUCUGUCUCUGUCUCUUUCACUUUUUCCCGCGGCCUGCGCCUCGGGAGGUGUCCCUUUUUUUUGUCCCAUCUGUCCCGCGGUUUCCACGACUAGCCGCGUGUCGGUACGGUGCCGCGUCGUCAUCGUCGCCGACGCCGAUCGCCGAACGUCGGUCCACGUCGGCGGUAUUCUCGUCUUUCUUCAAUGAUUACUAACACAACCGAACUCACGACACACUAACCAACUGCGUCUCCCGAGAACAAGCAUUAUGAUCUCGUCCAGGACAUCAUGCCAGCGCCCUAAGUCCUGAAUGAGAAAACGGUCUGUCGCGCCUUGCGCGAUAAAGAACAGAAUCCCACGAGGAAGCCUGCGGCGACUUCGACGGCGUAAACGAGCGAGGCCCUCGGCGCGAGGAAAGGGCUCCGCGGGAAGAGGGCCGCGCGAACGUAUCUCUGGGUCCGUCGUGGUGUUGUCCGCCGGGGGUGGCGGUAGCGGAGGGGGUGGAGGAGUUUGCAAGCGCCGUGAUUUGGAACGUCGGACGGGUGGCGGUCGCAGUGUUCCCUGUGUUCCCACCAUCAGCUCUUCUGUCGCAGGAACCGCGGGGGGUUGUGGCCCCGUGGUGGGACUCUCCUCCUAUAAAAAGCGCCAAGGCAGUGGCACCGUCUGGGGUCGCGGCAGCCGUGGACGCGGCAAGGGUCGCGGGGGCGGCGCGAACCUCUUGGGUUCCGGCGUCGCCCCCGCGAAUUACGCACCAGGACUGCAGGGCGUUGCGCCUGGGCUGCGGGAAGUCGUGAACAUCCUCGGCAAGAGGAAUCAAGCUGGCACCCUGACGGGCGUAGGCCCGCCGCCGGGAACGCUGGAUAACGAGAGUGCGGGCGACGAGGAGGAGGGGACUUCCACUAAGAGACCGCCGAGGCCUCUCUACAGGAGAUUAAUCAACUACGUGAGACAAGCUUGGACCGGCGUCAAGUUCGCUUUAGACUCUGAGUACGAGGAGGAGCAAACACCGAGAUACAGGCCGGACUCUUUGGCGAGCCUUUGUCGAGCCACCAGAUUCACGGAGGCCGAGCUGAAGAGAAUAUAUCGCGGCUUCAAGGCUGAAUGUCCUACGGGAGUCGUCAGGGAGGAAACUUUCAAGUGCAUCUAUUCGCAGUUCUUCCCUCAAGGAGCCAAUACAAGCCAGUACGCGCAUUACGUUUUUAAUACUUUGGACCAGGAUCACAGCGGGCUUCUCAGCUUCGAGGACUUUGUCACGGGUCUGAGUAUACUGUCUCGCGGCUCGAUAGACGAGAAACUCCGCUGGACGUUUUCUCUUUACGACAUCAACGGGGACGGCUGUAUCACGCGCGAGGAAAUGACCGACAUCGUGACUGCCGUGUACGAGCUGAUGGGGAAAUUCGCUGAUCCGAACCUGGAUCACCAGGGCGUGCGCGAGAAGGUGGAUCGUAUGUUUCAGAAAAUGGACGGCAACAGGGACGGCGUGGUGACGCUGUCCGAGUUUCUGGAGGCUUGUCGUGCAGAUCCGGACAUCUCGACCAGCAUGGCAGCCCUGGACACUGCCUUCUGACACUCAUCGCGCCCGCUGUACACACCGUGGACCUGAAGGGAUCACUCGAUUAGAAAAAAGAAACAAAUACAAAAUCGCUCAAUGUUGUACCUUAACUCCCUGGACCAGAGGAGGGAAACUCCUCAAGGUGCGUCCCGUUGUCCUGAAACGGUCGAUACGCGAUUUCUCAGAGUCGAUUGCUUCGAGAGACGACACCGCGUCGCUUUGCGCGUAUUAGCUCAACAAAACGUACUCAGUGGAAUUUCUAGACUCGCGAGGAAAAGGAGGAAGCUUUUUAGGAAGAGGAGCGGGAGGAGAAGGAGAGAGAACAAACGGGAUAAUAUUGAGCUUGAGAUUUUUGCGACUACCGUAGGUAUAGUAAAGGGGGAAACGGAAACGACUGUUUUGCGACAGCGAUGAAGAUUUAUUUCAACGGAUAUUGAAUCAGUUCGUAUUAAUUCACAGGCGGGGCGAUUGAUCGUUUGCACGAUCUCGCAGGUAUCAGUAUUCACGUAGGAGGAGGCAAACAGAGAAGCGGAUCGUGAGAAAGAAAUAACAAACAUAUUGCAACGAUGAUAAAGUAAUUUUGGUAUUUCGUUUAUGUCUGAGGAGCCGGCACUUAUCGACAGUUGAUCGGAUCGAUGUGAAUACAAUCGCCAGCUUUUCCGAUCGCUUUACGAUUGCCGAGAAUUCUCCCGCUGCGUUUCAAUAUUUCUUAACGUGUCUUUGAACGUACACUCCAGAAAAAACGCAGUAAAGAAAUAAUUGACGGCAAUAUUACAUCAUUGAUAUCAUUCCCCGUUCAAUAAUUUUGUGGUCGGCAAGCAUUUUGUCUCGGAUCUUUUUUUUUACAUAUAAUAUCCCAAAUCGUUGUCAUGGAUUGCAUUUUCAAACGUUUCAUAUCUAACAUUCUUUCAAGAAAUUUCAGGCGCUCUCCAGCUUUCCGAAGUAAGACUUCAUAUGCAAAUUUCUGUCUGUAUUAACAGACCAUGUAUUCUUGCUAAUGAGUAUUCGUCUAGGUUGGAUCUUUUUAGUGGAAAACCUUUGUUCUUCAAGCGCUCACUCUCAUUUCAACUUUUUCUUUUUGAGUUUGUCCCUGUACUCUUUAUCUAUCUGUUUAUUUAAUUUAUUUACCUCAUUUGUAAUUCCAAGUUUUCCUAACUUUAUUUAUUU